AUGAGUAUCGGCUCAAGAACUUUGCCAGUUGUGUGUGAGUGUAGUAACUACUUCAUUGUGAACAAGCCAUAUGGGAUGUUCUCUCAACCUGGUGACCUUGGUCAGAAAUAUGCGCAUUAUCCAGUUAAAGCGAAGCCUCCAGUAGUUCUGGAUGAGUUAAGACGGCAGUAUGGAAAGGGCAGGGUGGACGCAGGAGAGUGGAGGACAGUUCAUAGGCUUGAUGCGUGUGUUACAGGCGGUAUGCUACUUGUUAAGAAUAAGAACGCUGCUAUUCAGUUCUCUAAAAACCUUCGAGCCGGCGGUAACAAGGGUUUUAAAAUGACAAGAAGAUAUGUUGCAAUUGUAGGUGAAGGAGAAAUUGGAACCAAGUAUAGGAGCGAUACUGGAGUGAUUCAGUGUCUGGGGAUGACAACAAGGUAUAGGCGAUUUGAUGAAAAAUGUUAUGUACUGGAAUUGAUCUCUGGCGGUAAGCACCAAAUUCGCCGCCAUUUGGCACAAGGAGUCGGACAGCCGAUCCUUAACGAUGAGAAGUUCCAGGGUUCGUUAGUGCCGGGGACAAAUCCUGCCCAGAUCGCUUUGCAUUCGGCAUGUAUCAAGACCACAGUGGGUUUCCAGAAGAGGUCGCAUCUGAUACCGAUGGUCUAUAACAACGAUGGGAAAUUGUGGGACCCUAAAUACGUUGACCGCGAGGGCAACUUUAACCUUGAGUUGCAGAGAAUGUUGCUGAACGAUUGGACCGAUAUCGUUUUUUAG